AUGGUCGCCACGGUCGCCUCCAAGGAUAUGUCCACUUUACCCAAGAACUUCGGCAAAAUCUUCUGGAAUAAUCAGUUCAAAGUCGAAAUACCACUCCCGUCGGAAAAGCAGUACGGCAGCUUGAAGGGUAAAGUCGCAAUUGUCACAGGUGCCAACCAGGGCCUCGGCUUCGAAGCAGCAAGGCAGCUCCUGUCCCUCGGCCUAUCCCGCCUUGUGGUUGCCGUGCGGUCCCUUGAUAAAGGCAAAACCGCUGCUGCAAAACUUGCCACGGCAAAUUCUUCUGCAAAGAUCGAUGUCUGGGCUCUUGAUAUGGAGUCGUAUGACUCUAUCCAGGCCUUUGUCCGCAAAUGCGAUGCUGAGCUCCCACACAUUGACUACGCAAUCCUGAAUGCUGGUGUCGGCCCGAUCAAUUUCAAUAUAGUCCGCUCAACUGGACAUGAAACUGCAGUCCAAGUGAACCACCUCAGCACAAUCCUUCUUACGAUUCUCCUGCUGCCUGUUCUGAAAACCAAAUCAACCCGGCAGGACCCUGCACGACUGACAGUCAUCAACUCGAUCACGGCCCAUUUGUGCAAGUUCCCGAAUCGUGCUCGGCGACCACUUCUCGCUUCAUUUGACGACCCCAAGAAUCCUCCUUGGGAUUCCCAGGAGCGAUAUGGCGUGUCAAAGCUUCUAUCUCAGCUUUUUCUAGUCAAGCUGACUGAAUAUGUCAAGUCUGACGACGUAAUCAUCAACAUGGUUGACCCGGGUCUGACGAAAGGCACAAAUUUAAGUCGUGAUGCAAGAGGUGUGGUUUGGCUAAUGUCAAAAGCAUUCUUCGGAAUCGCUGGCAGGACCGUGGAUAGAGGGGCUGCCACAUAUAUUGACGCCUUGCUGGGUCAUGGCAAAGAGGCACACGGAUGCUUCCUCAUGAAUACCGAGAUCGCGCCACUUGCAACUUUCUACUACACCACUGACGGAACGACGGCGAAAGACCAGAUCUGGGAUGAGACUAUGAAGGAGCUGAGCUUUGCCCAUGUCGAGGAGUUAGUCGCCUCCAUGAAGCAUGGACCAUGA